UCGGAAUGAAAAUAGCGCGUUUUCUCAGUAGUCGGAGUAGGAUUUAUUGUUUAAGAAAACCCAGGAGUUUAUUGGAAAAUUGUGUUAAUUGCAAUGUCAGACACAUGUCGCUUUUAAUCGACAAGCGUUUCACAGUCGUUUUACCGGAUAAAACGUUCAACUUAGUUCAUGAUGAAAGUGCAGCACUAAGAUCUUCAUCGAACAAACAGGAUGACAAUGGAACUGAGAUAUUUUUCUUUGGAUUUAAAGAUUUGGAUAACAGUGGUGACGAAGGCGAUUUGAAGUCUGCUGUUGCUGUGUAUAAUGUGUCUAGGGAUGUGAAUGGUUUAAACGAUGAGAAAGGAGAUCUGCACAUAGCAUCGGUGUUUCUAAGAGAAAGUGAAAGGAGAAUUCAUCGCGGCGUUGCAGUAUCAACAGAAACCGGUGAUGUGCAAAAUAUAUCAAAGUUACGGGAAAUUUUUCAUAAGUACGGUAUUAAUACCGUAUUUAAAGCUACUCCAAUUAACACAGAUGUCGCUAAUUGUGAGGGAGGAAAUAAUGAAUGUAUGAGGGUGUCUCCUUUGAAUUCCGAGAACUGGACAACAUUGCUUGACAAGGGGGAUAACUUCCGCAGAGACUCAACGCAACAGUCACGUUCUGUUGUCAUUGGAAAUAAAAAGUUCUGUCCAGUUUUUCAAGACCUUCCAAGAGCACGUUACAUUAUUGAAAAGUGUGCAGGAUGGAUGAAAGAAGCAAGGGAACUUCUUGAAAUAUUUGACAAAAAUGUUCCACAAAAGAUGGACCUGGAAGAGUUAAAGAAGAAAAUGAAAUUUAAAUUCAUAGUUGUGGAAGGACUUGAUGCAGGGGGGAAGACUACAUUAACAAAGAACCUUGAGAUUGAGUUGUCGGCCAAGAGGUUCUCUACACCUCCCCCCCAGACCCAGCACCUGAGGAAACACUUUGACGACCUCCCAGAAAUCAUCAGGCGAGCUUACUACGCCUUGGGCAACUACAUCGUGGCAGUGGAUAUUCUCAAGACCUGCCAAGAAAAGGCCGUCAUCAUGGAUAGAUACUGGCAUAGCACCACAGCCUAUGGAAUAGCCAAUGAAACAAGCAGCACAGAUAUACCACAGGAAGGCCACUGGGCGUAUGACUGGCCUGCUGACCUUUUGACCCCUGACCUUGUCCUCUUCUUGUCGGUUAGCGAGGAGAUUAGGCAGAUUAGGAUGAAGGGAAGAGGAGGGGAGAGUACACUAGAGGAAAAGCACCUCAAAAAAGACAGACUUUUUAGAGAAAGAUUGUAUCUGGCCUAUAAAAGGAUGAGAAACCCUAAAUGCACAGAGAUAGAUGCCAGCGGAUCAAUGGAGAAGGUGUUGGAGCUAGCAAGGGAGGAAAUCAACAAAUUGAAUUAAGAGAAUUAUGUCAUGUAUC